AUGGCGUACAUAGACCGCAUGAUUGACAUACAGCUUGCAUUUGGGUACGAUGUCGGAAAGGGUUUCGUGACGGGUGCUCAAGAAGUAUGUACGCUGCUCCCACAGCUAGUCGACAACAAACAAAUACAAGACAUGCUUACCGCACAACUGGAUAACGACAGGUUGGUAGUAACCCGUCAGCUCGGGUUACUCCAGCGCGACCGGCCGUGGACUGCCAUCACUGUGAAGACCAGGCAGGCCACCACCUCCACACUCAACAUCAUGAUCCUCGACGCCAUGCAGCUGAAGGAGGAAGGAUUUUUGGACGAAAUGGAAUACAGAUUACUGCUGAGUGCGAUUCGAGAGAAAAUUCAGAUGUGUCGUCACAAAGGCAGCUUGGUGGCGCCCUCUUCGCCUGAGACUCAACUCCGCGCAGUAUCGUGGCUGCAAGGCAACGAGCGGAUAGCAGACUACUUCUUAGAACAUUCGGACAUACUGAACUUUAAUAUUAAUGAUAUAUUGAUAUCUAGAGGGGACGAGCCCAAAGGCAUGUACAUCCUAGUAUCAGGUCUGCUAGAAGCCACCUACAUACCCCCAGACGAGGAUAUUGAUGAAGCUAUACCCAAUUACGAGUUCAUCACGGACCUCAAGUUCGGAGACCCCAGCCAGGACUAUAUCGUGUCUGGUAACGCUGUGGGAGUACUUGGGGUGCUAACAAACCGUCCAUAUAGCUACACAGUCCGCUGUGACUCCGCGGUACAAGCCUACUACAUCACCAUGCCCGUCAUUAAAGAAGCAUUCAAUCUAGCUCCACAUCCUAUCAUGGGCCUCGAAGCGUCAAUGUGGCGUGAGAUUGGCAUCAAGUUAAGUAUGAUGGUGCUCCCGACAGUCCCCGCCUACCACGGCUGGCCGGUGGAACGACUCAGUAUGAGGCUGGAGCACGCCUUCGUACCCUGUCUUAAAGCUUUUAAGGUGUUCGUGGUAAACGAGUUGAUGGAAGACAUAGUGCUGUUGGAUGGUAUCUGCCAGGACAUGGCCACCAGAGAGGUGUUCCAGCCACCUGCUUACAUACCCAGGACGGCUCACCGCUUAAUAUUCCCGAAGUCGUCCCAGCUGAUAGUAUCAGGCAGCUGUCCGGAGACCAAACUACUGAUAGUACCAGCCAAGGAUACUGACGAGCUAGACAUCUUGGAGGACGAGGUCGAUGACCUGCAGUGUGAACUGGUGUCAAACGUAUCGUCUCGUUGCCUAUACCACCGCGUGGCCCGACGCAUCUCAGUGGAGUCUCGGGCGGCGGUGUCGCGCAGAGGCCGCGGCAAACGACGCCGGGCUGGCAAGAGAGUCAACUAUCGGGAGUCCGUUUGGGGCAAGCAGAUCUCAUCGCAAAUAUUGAGUGGUGCAAGCGAGAGGGACAUGUCUUCAAAGUAUUUUAAGCCCAGCGUCAGUGAUAUUCCUGAAAAACUGCAAGCUCCGACGAAACCAAAAGAUAUCGUGAAGGCACCUCCAUUGAAUAUUCCAGUAAUAAAUGAAUUGCCCAGCAGACCAAAUGGCACUGCUACUUCUUCAGGGCAGAAUUCCGAAGAAGAGAUCUACAACACUUUGCUGACUAACAAACUAAAGAAACCAUCAACUACAAAGGUCAAUAAAGGCAAUACUAAAUAG